UCUGUAAUGCCGGCAUAGUGUCAUGGCGGCGCCCAUGUCAGUAGGACGACGACUGAUCUGCUGGCUUUAAUUUCAAGAUGAGCUGCAAAGGAUACACUUUUCAGAUUCGUAGAUGAAGAUAAUGUUUGUUUUGUUUAUAUUUAUUUAUCACAUUACGUCAGAACGAGGCUGAUUAAUUCAGACGUGGAUGUUUGUUUCGUGGAACUUGGAGUCGCCCAGCGGAUAUGAACAUGAUGUCUUCCGUGGUGCACGGAGCCCGUCGCCUCGUGUACGCUUCCAACUUCCUGUCGCCAUCCUUGCUUUCUGUUUCAAGCCCCGCCCCCCUGCUCACGUGCAGGGCGCUGGCCUCCAAGCAGGUGAGUUGUCAAGGACAAGCACACCGCCCACCCAUGAUCGGGGGUUACGUGACCUCACUUUGUAGCCUACUGCAGUUCAAAGGUCAAAAGAAGGAUCAGAAGCCAAAAGUCAACAUCAGCAAACAGGAAGUGGAGAUCCAGCAGAGGAUGACGGUGGAGGCCCUCGCUCGGGCCAUCAACCGAGACGUUGACCAUGUUGUGGAAGCGCUGCUGAACACGCCGCUGAAUGCGAACGCUCUGGAACCGGACUCGGUUCUGGAUGAGAGGUGGAUCAAAGAGGUGGUGAAGCUGUCAGGAAUGAAGUUCCGAUGGGCCAAACUGAGCGAGAAUGAAAAGAGAGAGAACCGAGACGCCGUGCGAAGACCGCCAGCGGACCUGAGCAGGAUGGUUCAACGUUCCCCGGUGGUCACCAUCAUGGGUCACGUUGACCACGGAAAAACCACGUUGCUGGACAGUCUGAGGAAGAGCCAGAUUGCCGCCACGGAGGCCGGCGGCAUCACCCAGCACAUCGGAGCGUUCCGAGUUGAGUUGCCGACAGGUGAGACGAUCACGUUCCUGGAUACGCCCGGUCACGCCGCGUUCUCCGCCAUGAGGGCGCGUGGAGCCAACGCCACAGACAUCGUUAUCCUCGUCGUGGCGGCGGAUGAUGGCGUCAUGACUCAGACCGUCGAAUCCAUCCAGCAUGCCAAGCAAGCCGGCGUUCCCAUCAUCGUGGCGGUCAACAAAUGCGACAAACGUCAAGCCGACCCUCAGAGAGUCAAACAGGAACUCCUCGCUCACAAUGUCGUCUGCGAGGAGUUCGGAGGAGACGUUCAAGCCAUUCACGUCUCCGCCCUCAAGGGUGAUAACCUCCUGGCUCUGGUCGAGGCCACGGUGGCGCUAGCGGAGGUGUUGGAGCUGAAGGCGGAGCCUGAUGGCGCGGUGGAGGGCGUGGUCAUCGAGAGUCGCACGGACAAAGGCAAAGGUGCCGUCACGACAGCCAUUGUCCAGCGGGGGUCGCUAAAGCGAGGGUGUAUCCUCGUCGCAGGAAAGACUUGGGCGAAGGUGCGCUUCCUGUUCGACGAGAAAGGCAGAGCGGUGACAGAGGCGGGGCCUAGCAUGGCGGUGGAGGUGAUCGGUUGGAAGGAGCUCCCGUCUGCCGGCGACACCAUCCUGGAGGUGGAAUCUGAGCAACGAGCGAGGGAAGUGGUGGACUGGAGGACCCACGAGGAGGAGACGCAGAGGCUGAGGGCAGAGCAAGACGCCAUCGAGGUCAAACAGAAAGAACAUCUGGAGAACUACAGGAAGGAGAGGGAGGGGCUUGCUCACCUCAAUUGGCGCCAGAGGAAGUGGCAUCGGUACCAAAAGAACAAAGCCAAUUUCGCUGCGAGGGCGAGCGAAAAGACGUUUGACGACAACCUCAGCCUGCCGCUCAUCAUCAAAGCUGAUGUUGACGGCUCUGUGGAAGCCAUUUUGAACAUUUUGGAAACCUACGACGCUCAGGAUCAAUGUCAACUCGAGGUCGUUCACUUCGGCAUCGGCGACGUCUCCGAAAACGACCUCAACAUGGCAGACACCUUCGGAGGCAGCGUCUACGGUUUCAACGUGGCGGCGAGCAGGUCCAUUCAGCAGGCGGCGGCGAAACGAGGCGUCCCGCUGAGGCUUCACACCGUCAUUUACAAGCUGAUCGAUGAGAUGAAGGCGGAGCUAAAUAGCAAGUUGCCGCCGAUCGUACGUCACAACACUGUGGGUGAAGCGACGGUCCUGGCUAUGUUCGAUGUGACGGUAGGCAAGAAGAAGAUGGCGGUCGCCGGCUGUCGUGUGCAGAAAGGUCAGCUUGAUCGCAAGCUCAAGUUCCGUCUGAUUCGAGGUCGAGAUACACUAUGGGAAGGUUCUCUCAUAGCAUUGAAGCACCACAAAGAUGAUGUGAACACCGUGAGGGCGGGAAUGGAGUGCGGUCUGUCAGCUGAUUCGGACAUAACGUUCCUUGUCGGCGAUGUCAUCGAAUGUUUUGAGGAGAUGGACGAGCCACAGGUCACGACCUGGGACCCUGGCUUUUGAGCCAGAAGGACCAAAAAAGUAAUUUAAAAAAACCAAACAAACAGGAAGUUCCCUUUUUGUUGGACCUUUGUCUUCAUUUCCUCUUGGACUUAGUGGGCUUGGCGAGCAGCGCCGGGUUGAUCUGGUCCAUCUGCAGGUUUCUUACGGCGAAGAGGCGGGCUGCGCGUUCGCUCAGCGUUCCUCCGCACUUCACUCCACGACUCAUCAGUUCCUGCUUGAGAACAUCCAGACCCAAACGUUCCAACUCUUGAACGCUCUUGGCAGAUGACACGCUGACUGUCGUGACGCCAUCACCGCCACCACGCUGUGGACCACGCACACACACACACACACACGCACGCCAAUCGCAUCAGAAGCAAAGCCACAUCAUGUGAUCACAUAAGGGGAGGAGUUCUCACCUGUAGCUCAGAUGAGCAGCUGGACACCGCCCCCGCAUCCACUUGAUGGGGCGUGGCCUCCUGGACCUCGACUUCCUGCUGAGGAGGUGUGUCCUGCUGGGUGGGCGUAUCCUUCUGAAACUUGACUUCCUGCUGGGGAGGUGUGUCCUCCUGGACCGUGACAUCUUCCUGGGUGGGCGUAUCCUUCUGGACCUCGACUUCCUGCUGGGGAGGUGUGUCCUCCUGGGUGGGUGUAUCCUUCUGGACCUCGACUUCCUGCUGGGGAGGUGUGUCUUCCUGGAUUGCUGCAUCUUCCUGGGUGGGCGUAUCCUUCUGAACCUCGACUUCCUCCUGAUGAGGUGUGGCCUCCUGGACGUCUACCUCUUCGGGGGGCGUGGCCUUCUGAACCGCCACAUCCUCCUGAGGCUGCGUGGCCGCCAUGCUAACCACAACAAACGCCACCGGUGACAAACUAUCCGCGUUAAGACAACAACAACAAAAAAAAGGCACAGCCACCUGCUGCUUGGCCCAGGCUCCACCCUCUGCGUUGUCAUGGUAACAGCAGCUGCACAGGAUGUGGAUGGCGAAUCGUCGUCAUCCUCUGAGCUCAGCUCGCCAACGCCACUCC